AUGGAUGUUGCGGAGAGUCCUCCCACUCGCAUACUGCUGACCUUCACCGGCCAGGCCUUCCUUCGCGCCGCUAACCUGCAAUCGCUCCUGCGCCCGCCUCCCGCCUCUGCGCCUUUGCGCCGCUAUUAUCCCCCCGUCCCACUCGCCACCUCUUUUCCGAACGUAACAUGGCUUCUUCCACCCCGCCGCUCUGAAUGGCCGCCCGGCAUAGGCGGCAUGAGCGGCGCAGGCGGCGCGGGUUAUGAGGGCGUGGCGGCACCUCAAGUGCCCCCACCAUGUUACAUGUCCGCGCCGCUUCCGCGAAUCGUGGAAUUCCGCGCACCCCUCCCCCACCUGCCUAUGCCCGCUCAUGCGCUCCCUCAAUGGACCCCUCAUAUUUCCGCGGCUGGGAACGACGCCGCCUCCUUGCGAGCAAUCAGAAACUGCCGCGUGGCAGGCGAUGACAGGCGGCCAUGCGGUUAUGAGUCUCGGGCGGCAGAAGCGGCCGCUGAGGCGGGAGGCGCAACGACGAGGGCGGACGAUGGGGGCAUGGCGGAAGGCAGGUGGGGAGAAAACACGGAUUGGCGGGGAAAGAAGCGGCGGAGGGGGGAGAACGAGGGAAGCAGAGGGCGCGGCGGGAAUAAGCGCGCGGGGAAGGCUUCGAAGCGGUACGGGGCGCAGAGAGGGGCGGGGCGGAAGGCGCCCAAGCCACUGGCGUUCCCAGUCACAUGCCCGGUGUGUCCUGACGUGGUGCUGACGUCACUGGGUGUGCUGCAGUCGCACUUGGCGGGUCGCAAGCACCAGGCCGCCGAUGCUGGGCGCGCGCAGCGGGGGGGCGCGAGGGGGGCCGAGGCGCAGGGCGGGCAGGAGCAGGGGGGCCACGCGCAUGACAAGCAGGGGCAUGGGGGGAAGGGGCAUGAGGGGGAGGGGCAUGGGGGGAAGGGGCAUGGGGAGGGGCAUUGGUGGGAGGGGCAUGGGGAGGGGGAUGGGGGAGAGGGGCAUGGGGGAGAGGGGCAUGGGGGAAAGGGGCAUUUGGGGGAGGGGCAUGGGGGGGAGGGGCAUUGGGGGGAGGGGCUUGUGGAGAAGGGACAUGCUGACAGGCAUAGAGGUGAGGGGGGCAGUGGCGCAGUGAAUGGGGAAGAUGGAGGGGGGGGUGUGGGUGGCAUGGGGGGAGUGCAAGGGGAAACGGGGUUGGAGCACGGGGAACAUGGCGGGUAUGGGAAACAUGGGGUGGAUGAGACGCGAUGGGCAUGGAGGAGGGAGUGGCAGCAGGAGGAGAAGAAGAAACCGUACGUGGGGGAGUGGCGUGAUGGGGGUGUGAAGGUGGAGCACACAGUAGAGAUCAUUGACCUGGGGGAGGAUGAGACUGAAACAGACGAGAAUGCGAAGAAAGAGGAGGAGGUGGAGAUACUGGAGUUGGAUGAGAGCGAGGAGGAGGACGUGAAAGAGGAGGCGCGUACUGGUGUCCAAGGGCAGGGCGAACAAGCGAGGGCCAUGGGGUGGGCGAGUGAGGGGCCACCGUUUGUGGGGGGGUGGUGUGAGGUGUGUGGGGCGACGUGUCUGAACGAGAGCAACUACAAGUUCCACCUCAAAGGCAAACGCCACCGCUCCGCCCGCGCUGCCUCUCACACAGCCGCUGCUGCUGCUCCCGCUGCGCCUGUACCAUGA